GAGCCGCCGCCAUUUUGCCCCCCCCCAAUCUCCGUUCAAUUCUCCCGUCAUGGCGCUGGUCUCGGCCGAUUCGCGCAUCGCGGAGCUGCUGGGGGAGCUGCACCAGCUCAUUAAACAGACGCAGGAGGAACGCUCCCGCAGCGAGCACAACCUGGUGAACAUCCAGAAGACGCACGAGCGGAUGCAGACAGAGAACAAAAUCUCCCCCUAUUACCGCACCAAGCUCCGAGGGCUCUACACCACAGCCAAGGCUGACGCCGAGGCCGAGUGCAACGUCCUCCGGAGAGCUCUGGAUAAAAUCGCCGAGAUCAAAUCCCUGCUCGAGGAGCGGCGCAUCGCGGCAAAAAUCGCCGGGAUUUACAGCGAGGCGGAGCCGCCCAGGAAGACGAUGAGGAGGGGGGUGCUGAUGACGCUGCUGCAGCAGUCGGCGAUGACGCUGCCGCUGUGGAUCGGGAAACCCGGGGAAAAGCCCCCUCCCCUGUGCGGGGCCGUGCCGGCCGCCGGCGACUACGUGGCCAAACCCGGGGACAAAGUGGCCGCGAGGGUGAAGGCGCUGGAAGGGGACGAGCAGUGGAUCCUGGCCGAGGUGGUCAGCUACAGCCACGCCGCCAACAAGUACGAAGUCGACGACAUCGACGAGGAGGGCAAGGAGCGCCACACGCUGAGCCGCCGCCGCAUCAUCCCCCUGCCCCAGUGGAAAACCAACCCCGAGACCGACCCCGAGGCGCUCUUCCACAAGGAGCAGCUGGUGCUCGCCCUCUACCCCCAGACCACCUGCUUCUACCGCGCCCUCAUCCACGCCCCGCCCCAGCGCCCCCAGGACGAUUAUUCGGUGCUUUUCGAGGACACCUCGUACGCCGACGGUUACUCCCCGCCCCUGAACGUGGCCCAGCGCUACGUGGUGGCCUGCAAAGAGACCAAAAAAAAGUGAAAAGUUGGGAAAAAACACCCAAAAUUCGGGAAAAAACAUCCAAAAUUUGGGAAAAACAACAGAAAAUUUAGGAAAAACAACCUAAAAGGUAAAACCACCCAAAAUUUGGGAAAAAACAAGCUAAGAUUCAGGUAAAACCACCCAAAAAUAUGGGGAAAGCAAAAUUUGGGAAGAACCACCCAAAAUUCGGGAAAAACCACCCAAAAUUCAGGAAAGAACAUCCAGAAUUUGGGAAAAAAAACCCAAAAUUUGGGAAAAACUACCCAAAAUUUGAGGAAAAAAAAGACAAACAGCAGAAUUUGGGAAUAAUCUCUGAAAAUUUGGGAAAAACCACCCAAAAUUUGGAAAAAAAAAAAACCCAAACAACAGAAUUUGGGAAUAAUCUGCCAAAAUUCGGGAAAAAACACCCAAAAUUCAGUAAAAACCACCCAAGAUUUGGGAAAAAACAAUAUUUGGGCAGAGCGGCCUGGAAUUAGGAGGGGAGGGGAAAAAUGGGGCGAAAAUCGGAUUUUGGGCAAGGAAAAUGGAGGAAAUACUGAUUUUUUUGGAGGGUGAAAUUUAAGAUUUUUUUGGGGAAAAACCUGGGAUUUUUAUGGGGGAAUUUUGGGGUUUUUUGUCAAGGGAAAAAUGGGAUUUAUAUGGGGGGAAAAAAAGGGAUUUUGGUGGGGAAAAUGGAAGAAAAAAAUGGGAUAUUUUAUGGAGCAAAACUUGGGAUUUUUUUAGGGAAGAAUGGGGAUUUUUAUGAAGGGAAAAAUGGGAUUUUUAUGGGGUAAAAUUUGGGUAUUUUGGGGGGAAAAAAGAUAUUUUUAUGAGGAAAAAUGGAGUUCUUAUGAGGAUGAACUAGGGGUUUCUUUGGGGAAUUAUUGGGGAUUUUUGGGGGUUGGAUGAUUUGUGGGCUUUAUGGGCAAUCAUUUGGAGUUUUGGGGGGGAAAUUUGGGACUUUUCUGGUUAAAAUCAACAAAAAAUGCCUGAAAAUUUGGGGAAAAAAUCCUAACAUUUUUUUGGGAGGCAUUGAAGGAUGGGAGGA